GAUCUCUAGACAGAGGUGUCCUGUUGGAUGAAACAGAUGGGGGUUCUGUGCCCACUGCCAGGUCAGGGAGCCAGUUGCCGUCCAUGUCUGACAUGCUAAUAUGCUACCCGACCCUCAUGGGUUACUACGCCUGGCGGAAUCGAGCUCGUGGAUCCUGGUAUAUUGAAGCCAUCGUUCAGAUAUUCAUGCGCUAUGCUAAAAAUGAAGAUGUCUGUGCCAUGUUGAACAGGGUGAACCAUUUAGUGUCCAGGAAAGUGUCCGAAUCCUGCUUGAAGGAGAUGAAUCAGAUGUCACAGAUGUCUGAGUAUAAGAGCACCCUUCGCUUUCCUCACUUUUACCUUUUCCCUGGAAUCGUCAUCAGGAACAGUCCCCAGGUCUAG